UUAGAGAAAACUCCCUGUGACCUCAUCUGCCAGAGAUGACCACGGUUAACAUUUUGGUCUGUCUUUCCAGAGUUUUUUCUAUGUGUAAUGCCUGUAUGUUUUUCUAUUUUACAAAAACAGGAUCAUAUUAUACAUAUUGUUGAGUUAACGUCUUUAUUCACUUAGCUGCAUAUUAUAAACAUCUUUCCUUGUUAAAAUCCUUCUGUAAUAUGUUUUAACAAUUGCAUACUAUUAUAUUAUGUGACUAUAGCAUAAUUCCACUUAAUCUUCUGAUCUCGGUUGUUUCUACAUUUUGCUAAACAAGCUUUGAUGAAGAUCUUUAUGAUGAACAGCUUUUAAAAAUUCUUUGCAAAUGAUAUCCGUAAAGAUCUGUAGUAAUGCUUCUCUUUAGGUAAAUUCCUAGAAGUGGAGAUCCUGGAUCAAAGGAGUUGUACAUUUUUCAGGUUUUUGAUACACAACCCUAAACUACCUACCAGGAAGACCGACACCAAGAGCACUGUACACAAGAGUGCUGGUUUCCAUCUGCUCUUGUUUGCACUUUGUAGUCUAAUGCUUUAAAAUCUCACAAAUGUGUCGGAUGAAAUAUGGACGCUUUGCUGUUCUAUUUUGAAUGUUUUUGAUUGGGAGCAAGGUGGAUUAUGAUUCGUAUGUUUGUUACUCGUUGCCGUUGAGUUGAUUCCGACUCAUAGCGUGUGACUAUUGUAUAAUUCCACUUCAUCUAUCUUCCAAUCUCGAUUGUUUCUACUUGUGUUUGUUAGCCACCAGUAUUUUUAUAUUUCGUCAAUUGUUUUCAGUGAUCAUUUUUUUGAAAUGGGGGAGUUCUUUAUCAGAGUUCUAAACUUAAAAAGUGCUUUGGUGAAAGAAAAAGGGGGGAAACAGCAGCAGCAGAGAGGAGCAAAGAAAGUGAUUCAGAGCUUAAAAACAUUCAUUGAAAAUUUGUUAUUCAUUCAACAAAUGUUAAGCACCUACUACAUGCCUGGUGCUGAGGCUAUAGAUAUAUAAGUCAUGGCUGCUGCCCUAAACGCUCCUGUAAAUGUAAAUAUUGAAAAGACCUGGCUAAUUUUUUUCUCCUUGGUACUUAUCACUGCCUGACAUAUUAAUAUGUUUCUUUAUUUUCUGUUUCCCUUUUCUGUAAGCUCCAGAAAGGAAGGGACUUAGCUUCUUUUGUUAAUUGCUCUAUACCUGGGGCCUAGAAUAGCGCCAGGAACUCAACAAAUAUUUGGUAAAUGGCUGAAUACAUUACCUUUUAAUCCUGAUAACUUUGACUCAUUGAUUUAUCUGGUAAUGGGAAUUUGGCUGAAUUGCCUGAUAAAAUCAGCUCAGUUCGGUAAGCAACACUCCAUUUCUUUUAAGCAUUGUCAUUUCAUUGGUCUGAUAUGGGAGUAGGUAAAAUAGGUACCAUCUUGUUUGCGUAAAGGUAUGAGAACAGAUAACCUUUUUCUCUAGAUACAGUCACAUUGUUUAUGUAGGUGUGAUGUCAACAGCCCUUGGGGUUGCCAGGUGUCAACCAAAUCAGCAAUUCUUUUCUGUGGAGGCAACAGUCACUCUGGGAUGUAGGCAAUGGGCCGAGAUAGGAGCCAGGGCUGACAGUGAAGACUGAAGCUUGGAAGAGCAGAGGUUCCGAAACCAGGAAGCCCACGAGGCCGCAGGUGGUUCCAGAAUGGGAGGUACUCCACAGUUCAGAUAGGUUUCCAGGGAGGAAAUCAGGACACGCUCCACGAGAUUCAUGGAAAUGGAGGCAGGGUGGUUCAGUGGUAGAACUCUUACCUUUCUUGUGGGAGACCCGACCCCAGCCAGCGCACCUUAUGUGCAGCCACCACCCAUCUGUCAGUGGAGGCUUGCGUGUUGCUAUGAUGGAGCUUCCAGACUAAGAUGGACUAGGAAGAAAGGCCUGACAAUCUACUUCUGAAAACUUGCCAGUAAAAAACUUAUGAAUCACAAUGGUCCGAUCCGCAGCGAGUCCAUUGUGUGUGUGGUUGCCACGAGCUGGGAACCAACUCAACAGGUGCUAACAACAACAACGUCCAUCCAUUUGGAUUCUCUGGCAUACGCAAUAUUUCAUAGCUUACCUAAAUUCAUAGACGAGCAGAUGUUUAAGCUGAGUACAUAUGGUCAAUAUGCUGACUCCGAGAGAUUCAUGGGAACAUGGCAGGAUUUCAGUUUCCAACAAUAAGAGAAAAAAGGCUAAGCAGAGACUCUCGCUACCUCAGUUUACCCUCCUGGAUAAAGACAAGCGCUCUUUCCUUCCAGGACCAGCAACCAGGGCAGGAGAAGUCCUGUGAUAGCAACAACCUACGUUGUCCUCAUCUUUCUUAUCUUCAAGAGCCCCCUUUCAGCAAGCUACACCUGGGGGCCUGCGAAGGGGGAAAGCUCCUUGCUGGCAAGGGGUCCUGAGGCCGGGAGCAGACUGCAUUCUCAGACAGACACAAUGGAAAGGCUUUCUUGAUCAUGGAUGGUGAAGAUAUACCAGAUUUUUCAAGUUUAAAGGAGGAAACUGCUUAUUGGAAGGAACUUUCCUUGAAGUAUAAACAAAGCUUCCAGGAAGCUCGGGAUGAGCUAGUUGAAUUCCAGGAAGGAAGCAGAGAAUUAGAAGCAGAGUUGGAGGCGCAGUUAGUACAGGCUGAACAAAGAAAUAGAGACUUGCAAGCUGAUAACCAAAGACUGAAAUACGAAGUCGAAGCAUUAAAGGAGAAACUAGAACAUCAGUAUGCACAGAGCUACAAGCAGGUCUCAGUGUUAGAGGAUGAUUUAAGUCAGACGCGGGCCAUUAAGGAGCAGUUGCAUAAGUACGUGAGAGAACUGGAGCAGGCCAAUGAUGACCUGGAGCGAGCCAAAAGGGCAACAAUAGUUUCAUUGGAAGACUUUGAGCAAAGGCUAAAUCAGGCCAUUGAACGAAAUGCAUUUUUAGAAAGUGAACUUGAUGAAAAGGAAUCUUUGUUGGUAUCUGUACAGAGGUUAAAGGAUGAAGCAAGAGAUUUAAGACAAGAACUGGCAGUUCGGGAAAGGCAACAGGAAGUAACCAGAAAGUCGGCUCCCAGUUCUCCAACUCUAGACUGUGAAAAGAUGGAUUCUGCUGUCCAAGCCUCACUCUCUUUGCCAGCUACUCCUGUUGGCAAAGGAACGGAAAACAGUUUUCCUUCACCAAAAGCUAUACCAAAUGGUUUUGGUACCAGUCCACUAACUCCUUCUGCUAGGAUAUCAGCACUAAACAUCGUGGGGGAUCUCUUACGGAAAGUAGGGGCUUUAGAAUCCAAAUUAGCAGCUUGCAGGAAUUUUGCAAAGGACCAAGCAUCACGAAAAUCCUAUAUUUCAGGGAACGUUAACUGUGGGGUGAUGAACAGCAAUGGCACAAAGUUCUCUCGUUCAGGGCAUACGUCUUUCUUCGAUAAAGGGGCAGUAAACGGCUUUGACCCAGCUCCUCCUCCUCCUGGCCUGGGCUCCUCGCGCCCAUCGUCAGCACCGGGGAUGCUGCCUCUCAGUGUGUGAGUGCCCGGCCUCCAGUGGGGGCCUCUGCCCUCCUCCAACAACCCAGGACACCCAUGCCUCACCCCCCGGUGCCUGGGCCCAGCCCUGUGCCCCUCCAUCUGCCUCCCUGGGGCUGGCAGAUGGCAGGCUGCAUGCGGUGGCGGCUGCUGGGCCCUGCCCGGCCCCAGGACUCUGCGCGAUAUCAAUACUGGCUACUUUCUCUUCUCGCCGUAGUGCCGUUGGUUUCACAUGAUUGCACUUUUGUGGGUCACAAGGUGAUACAUACGUGUAUUAACUUGGUCACUGGAUGCAGAAGUACCCAUUUGUCACACCGUCCCAUACCCCACCCUGCUGUACUGAUAGGACUUAGUUGUGUUUAGGACAUUGCAAAUCUUCUAGAAGUUCUUCCCUAAAUCAGGUCGAUGUUUGCCCUUCUCCUGAGCUUCCACCCAGGCAUCUUCAGUGCUCAUCAUCAUGUGUCCCCAGCUCCAUUCCCCACAGUUUGGGCCUGUUUCCGGCAGAGUCAGGAAGCUCACUGAACUAGGGAACAUUUUCUGCACCUUCAGAUUUUACUUGAGCAGUUCUCAUUCCAUAGACUUGCCUACCAAUGCAGCGGAUUCUCUUCUGAGCCCAGACAGCAGGGGCCUCUGGGGCCUAGGCACACACAGGGCCUAGGCACACACAGGGCCUAGGCGCACACAGGGCUGCACGCUAACGUCUCCUCCUCAACGUGCCUCAGACUCGGGGGAGAGGCUGGCGUCCUCCUCGCCAGCUUCCAGUCCUUCAGUGGAAGUGACAUCUUGAGAGCAUUGCUGUGUCUUCUGAGGGCCUGUGCAGUGGUGUUAGGGAGGGCUGAGUGGCCUGAGCCUGGGGGCUGGCCUUGCUGGCUCCGGGGUCGACUGACCAUCGGUGGUUGUCCCUGUGCGUUUGGUUCCUCUCCUGCUGCAUUUACUGUUUACAUUUGUUUUAUUGUAUAUAGGUUUGUAAACAUUAUUGCCUAAGAUAUUUGUAUAUAACUUGGGCUUUGUAGCUUUUAUUUAUUCAGAACUCAUAUGGCAUGUUAAUGACUUAUGAUGGUGUCCUACUCUGGGCAGCUGUAUAGGAUCAUCAUGUGGUUAAAAAAAAAAGAAAAUUCUUCCCCUCAAAAAAAAUCUUUUAAUGUGGAAACAAUAAAUUUCACAGAAAAAAAGGGUUGAGAGUGCUUUAUUGGGGUCCUGCCAUUCCUUGAGAGAAGAGCUGGAACAGUCAAACGUCACCUCUGCUCUGACGCGGGGCGUGCGGAUGGAUGACAGCAGCUGUGGAAUGGGCCAAAGAAGAUUCCCGCACUUCAGGCCCAUGGAAGUCUCUGGGAGGGAGGGAGCUUGCUGGCCGUAGAGUAACUGCAGUGGAUCCUGGGAGCUGGUUGUCCAGCUGUGUGGACUUUCAUGCCGUAGAUAUAGAGGUUAUUGGGAUCUAGGCUGCUCUCCUCAUCCCUCAGGUUGACGCUAACGAGUGGGAGAAGGUGCCAGAUGUCUAGUAGCAAGACAUACGGUGAGUGGACUUGAGGAAUGUGUAUGCUGGGGUCUGUAUGACUGUAUCAGAUUCUGAAUAUGGUUUGCUUAUAAUAAACAGUAUAGUUGAUUUACAGUUUUAAAGCUAUAAAUGACAAGUAAAUGAAUUAAAUUCCUAAGUGAAUAAGAAACAUUAAGUAGGAUACAUUUUCAAAAGUUCCUUCUAUCUGUUAGUAUGGGCAGGAAUAUCUGUUAGUUGUUCCUGGAGGCUUUGUCUUGAGCUGACUCAGGACGCUACUCUCUACUUGCUACAUGGAGAUUUGGCCACCGGGCAUGGGAGUUACUGUGUGCUUCUUGCCUGUUU